UCUUGUUUGAUCGGCAGUUCACUCAGCUGCGACCUCUCAUGACGGAGGUGUAUAUUUGCGAAGAACCCAUCGCCGUGCAUUCCAUGCACACUGACCAAGGAAAGAUGGCCUUGGAAGAACCAGACCAUUCGUCUGAUGCCAAAACUCCAACAGAGCAUCUCAAAGAUGAUACCGAUGGCUCAGUCGAGCCCGGUGAAAAGACCCCCGCGGCGGACACGGACAAGGGUGAGCAAGGGUCCGAACCAGAGGACAUAGUCGGAACCUCGGCAACGCUAUAUUGCAAGAUAAAUGGGCGAGCUCACUUUCUCCUCCUUGACUUCGGUGUCUGGGUCUGCCCGCUAUGCGAAGAAGAUCUGGAACUGGGUCGAUCGCGCCGACGGUUGCCAAGGUCCGGCCCGGAGGAGGCUGCGAAAAACGACGAACCCAUACCGGACGUUUCAUACUCAAUUGAGUACACUGAUUGCGCAAAUUACAAGAUCGCGAGGGAGAACUGGGAGGGAAAAUUCGAUCUGGCUGUUGCUAGAAAAGAUGUUCGAACCGCCGAUCGCUCCGUUUUUGAAGUCGUCACCGUGUUGGAGACGUCGUUACCCGACAGACGACUCGCGCCUUUUGAAGUCGACGAACUUUUGAAAAAAGGAAUCUUGACCGAUCCCAACAUAAGGAUCACAGUCAGCAAUACGCUGGUGACCAUUUAUUCGACUGCGCUGAUUCAGACGAUCCGUAACAUCGUUCAGUAUUACCCAGAAAACCUCGGGGGUGAUGUUAUUGAGCUGAAGGCGCCAUAUAUGCUGUUGGGUCAUCAUCUCAACGACCUAGAGGCUUACUUGGAAGCUCAUCGCGUCGUGGGUCCUUCAGGGUCUGAUUCGUCGGUUGACAAAACCACCUCAGUCCCUACCAAGCAUGCAUAUGCAAACGUUGGAGCAGAACAUCUUUCAAUCCUUGUGGAAUACUUCAAGGAAAAAAUGUACAAGGACAUGAUGGAAGAGAAAUCUCGCCAUGAUCGAAACGUCUGCACCUUCAAGAUGCUGUGGCUUCUCUACAGACCUGGGGUCACAGUGUAUCUUGAAUCCGGUGGGAAGCUGUUUGCAUUUGUUGUCAAUUCUCUCGAAACCUCUGACGUCAAAGGUACCGCUGGGGUACGACGGGUCAAAUCUUAUACCAUCAACAUGUGGAAUUUGGAUUUCGACAGUCGCUUUGUUGGACGGCGAGCCAGAACAGUCACGAUUCCGCACUUUGAUGGGGAACGACGAAUCAAUUCCCUCAAGCUCUUCCCGUGCGAGUUCAAGGACAAAGAAGACGGCGGAGAGAUGCGACGGAGCCUUGAAGAACAUGGAAAGAAAUGGUACGAGCUUCUUCGUGGAGGGCAAGUUAUUUAUUCGGGUCGGUUAUUGGAUGCUAGCAAGAAACAGUUCCAAGGCCGAGUCGUCGUCGACAUGCCGUCCUACUACGCCCAAGAACCCUCUCAUACACCAGAAAUUUGCAGUAUCAAUGACCUGGGUGAAGAGCUCGCCAAGUGCUACUGCGAGGAUUGUAAAGGUUACAGACCGCACCCUCCGGAAGACUUUCCAUGGACGCGCUACGAUCUCAUCGAUCCCCUCGUCGACCAGGAUCUCGAAAUACCGGGCUCAAUCAAUGGGUCCCGUCAUCGAUAUGCUCUUUGCGCCCGGUUGCUUCAUGGCUUCGAUUUGAAGUCGAGAUCGUGGGUGAUGCUUGACGUUGAAUGUUGUCAACCGCCAAAGAUGAACGUGGGAGCCAUUGAAACUUUGGUCAUGCCUUCUGAGAGGAAGGAAAUGAUCAAAGCCCUCAUUCACAAGUUCACAGAUUCCAAUGCUUCCACAGGACCUGGUUCGUGGAGGGCCGAUUUCCUUGAAAACAAGGGCGAGGGACAAAUCUUCCUGCUCCACGGAAGCCCUGGUGUUGGAAAGACCUAUACUGCAGAAUGCAUCGCCGAGUACACCGGUCGCCCAAUGUUGUCUUUGACCGUGGCAGAUAUCGGAACCGAUGAAGUCAUAAUGGAGAAGCAACUUGUGAAAUGGUUUCAACUCGCAGAGAAAUGGGGAGCAGUCAUGCUCAUCGACGAAGCUGAUGUCUUUCUUGAGAAACGCCAGGUUUCUGAUCUCAAGCGAAACAGCUUGGUCUCUGUCUUUCUGCGAUGCAUCGAGUAUUAUCGUGGUGUCCUAUUCCUCACAACUAACCGAGUUGGCCAAUUUGAUGAUGCCUUCAUGUCACGAAUUCAUGUCGUCAUCUACUAUGACAAACUGAGAAUGGAGGACCGGAGACAGAUUUGGUCGCAAUUUUUCAACAAGCUCGAAGAUGAACGAGAGGACUUUUUCAUAACUCGGCGAGCAAAGGCAUUUGUUCUGGAAGAUGACACCAUCUGUGAAAUCGAGUGGAAUGGAAGAGAGAUUCGCAAUGCUUUCCAGACGGCCGUGUCCCUUGCCGAGUAUAGGUUCCUGCAGAAACCUGACAAGACCAAAAAUGAUUGCCCAACUCUCGAUCAAAAGGACUUUGAACAAGUCUGCAAAAUGGUCCGGCAGUUCAAGGAGUACCUUGUCGAUGUCCAUGGAGUUGAUGAGGAUGGUCGAGCUUUCAUGCGUAAUGAAAGAGGUUAGCCGACAGCUCACAGAAAUCCAGUCGCAUCGUUAAUAUGGCAUGCUCAACUACACGUCUAAGCUCCGGAAUUUUUCUUGAUUCCGCUAGGUCUACAUGGAACUAUGCAUAAACUUCAGACUGCGGCGGUGGACGUACUGACAAUGUGAAUAAACCUGUG